CCGCCCCCAGGAGCCACCGCCCAGCCGCUGGCCCGCGCCGCUCGGAGCUGCGUCCAGGGGACGUGGGGCCGCAGGGAGGUUUGGGGGUACAUCACCCCAUUUCACAGCAGAGGAAACCGAGGCUCCACAGUGGUAACUUGCCCAAAGUCUCCCAGCAGGCUGUGCGCACCAAGGGAGAGGCCCUGUUUGGCCUAGAAGCCUCUAUUUUGGCAUCUGUCCACCUCUUCACGGAGCUGAAGCUUGACCGAACCCAGAGCAUCUGCAUAGAGUGAGGGAAGGAAUAGAACAUGCUCUGAAGACCUCUGCAACGAGACCCAGGAAGCAGUGAGCUCAGUCCACACUCUGAAGCCGCCCUGCCCCUGGCCCACCAUGGCCUCCUCUGACAAGAAUGGCGAGAGCGUCUCCUCUGUGUCCAGCAGCCGCCUGCAGAGCCGGAAGCCGCCCAACCUGUCCAUCACCAUCCCGCCACCCGAGACCCCAGCCCCUGGCGAGCAGACCAGCAUGCUGCCCCAGAGGCCCAGGAACCCAGCCUAUGUGAAGAGCGUCAGCCUCCAGGAGCCACGGGGACGGUGGCAGGAGGGCAGCUCAGAGAAGCGCCUUGGCUUCCGCCGCCAGGCCUCCCUGUCCCAGAGCAUUCGCAAGGGCACGGCCCAGUGGUUCGGGGUCAGCGGUGACUGGGAGGUGAAGCGACAGCACUGGCAGCGCAGGACUUUGCACCACUGCAGCGUGCGCUACGGCCAGCUCAAGGCCUCAUGCCAGCGCGACCUGGAGCUCCCCAGCCAGGAGGCGCCAUCCUUCCAGGGUACCGAGUCUCCGAAACCCUGCAAGAUGCCCAAGAUUGUGGAUCCCCUGGCCCGCGGACGGGCGUUCCGCCACCCGGAUGAGGUGGACAGGCCCCAUGCCCCACACCCACCCCUGACCCCAGGGGUUCUGUCCCUCACCUCCUUCACCAGUGUCCGCUCUGGCUAUUCCCACCUGCCCCGCCGCAAGAGGAUGUCUGUGGCCCACAUGAGCUUUCAGGCUGCCGCCGCCCUCCUCAAGGGGCGCUCGGUGCUGGAUGCCACGGGACAGCGGUGCCGCGUGGUCAAACGUAGCUUCGCCUACCCCAGCUUCCUGGAGGAGGACGUGGUGGACGGAGCAGACACAUUUGACUCCUCGUUUUUUAGUAAGGAAGAAAUGAGCUCCAUGCCCGAUGACGUGUUUGAGUCUCCCCCACUCUCGGCCAGCUACUUCCGGGGGAUCCCACGCUCGGCCUCCCCGGUCUCCCCCGAUGGGACGCAGGCCCCUCUGAAGGAGUACGGCCGCGCCCCGGUCACGGCGGCCCGGCGCGGCAAGCGCAUCGCCUCCAAGGUGAAGCACUUCGCCUUCGACCGGCAGAAGCGGCACUACGGCCUGGGCGUGGUGGGCACCUGGCUGAACCGCAGCUACCGCCGCAGCAUCAGCAGCACGGUGCAGCGCCAGCUGGAGAGCUUCGACAGCCACCGGCCCUACUUCACCUACUGGCUGACCUUCGUCCACAUCAUCAUCACGCUGCUGGUGAUUUGCACGUAUGGCAUUGCACCCGUGGGCUUUGCCCAGCACAUCACCACGCAGCUGGUGCUGAGGAACAAAGGUGUGUAUGAGAGCGUGAAGUACAUCCAGCAAGAGAACUUCUGGAUCGGCCCCAGCUCGAUUGAUUUGAUCCACCUGGGAGCCAAGUUCUCCCCCUGUAUCCGGAAGGACCAGCAGAUCGAGCAGCUGGUGCUUCGGGAGCGAGACCUAGAGCGGGACUCGGGCUGCUGUGUCCAAAACGACCACUCGGGCUGCAUCCAGACCCAGCGGAAGGACUGCUCGGAGACUUUGGCCACUUUUGUCAAGUGGCAGGAUGAUACGGGGCCCCCCAUGGACAAGUCUGAUCUGGGUCAGAGGCGGACAUCAGGGGCGGUGUGCCACCAAGACCCCAGAACCUGUGAGGAGCCAGCCUCAAGUGGUGCCCACAUCUGGCCUGAUGACAUCACCAAGUGGCCAAUCUGCACUGAGCAGGCCAAGAAUAACCGCACCGGCUUCCUACACAUGGAUUGCCAGAUCAAGGGCCGCCCCUGCUGCAUCGGCACCAAGGGCAGCUGUGAGAUCACUACCCGGGAGUACUGUGAAUUCAUGCAUGGCUAUUUCCAUGAAGAGGCAACACUCUGCUCCCAGGUGCACUGCUUGGACAAGGUGUGUGGGCUGCUGCCCUUCCUCAACCCCGAGGUCCCAGAUCAGUUCUACAGGCUCUGGCUGUCUCUGUUUCUCCACGCAGGCGUGGUGCACUGCCUCGCGUCCGUGGUCUUCCAGAUGACCAUCCUGCGGGACCUGGAGAAGCUGGCUGGCUGGCACCGCAUCUCCAUCAUCUUCAUCCUCAGUGGCAUCACCGGCAACCUCGCCAGCACCAUCUUCCUCCCGUAUCGGGCAGAGGUGGGCCCGGCGGGUUCGCAGUUUGGCCUCCUCGCCUGCCUCUUCGUGGAGCUCUUCCAGAGCUGGCAGCUGCUGGAGCGGCCCUGGAAGGCCUUCCUGAACCUGUCAGCCAUCGUGCUCUUCCUGUUCAUCUGCGGCCUCCUGCCCUGGAUCGACAACAUCGCCCACAUCUUCGGCUUCCUCAGCGGCCUGCUGCUGGCCUUCGCCUUCCUACCCUACAUCACCUUCGGCACCAGCGACAAGUACCGCAAGCGGGCCCUCAUCCUGGUGUCGCUGCUGGUCUUCGCCGGCCUCUUCGCCUCUCUGGUCAUCUGGCUCUACGUCUACCCCAUCAACUGGCCCUGGAUCGAGUACCUCACCUGCUUCCCCUUCACCAGCCGCUUCUGCGAGAAGUACGAGCUGGACCAGGUGCUGCACUGACCCCCGCCAGGUGGGCCUGGGACGGGCUGCCUGUCUGCAGAGCGCCCCAGCCCGCGCUCCAGAGACCCGCCGCCGGGGGCCCCGGCCCUCCCUCCAACCAGCCACACUGACCCCGCGGUGACAGUCACAAAGGCGAGGUCCUUGGGGGAGUGAGGCCCCCCCCGCUUCCUCAGUCUGGGGGGCCCUCCGAGCAUGUGCUUCUCCACAGCAUGGGGACUCGGACCCUGCCUUCCUGCCGCUCCCCUGCCAGCAGGACCCCUGCCGAGGGGUGGGCUUCUCUCCUUCCCAAGGUCCUCGGCUUUGCCGAUCUCCCCACUCAGCCCCAGGUGGGGCCUGGCCCCCCCGCCCCCCACCACACACACACACCCCAUUACUGUGGCCGUGCCCUUACUGGGACGUGGCCAGGGUUCCCACCAGGUUCCCGCCCCUGCCUCACUGAGGCCUCCCCUCCCUGCCCUAUGAGCCCGUGCCCCUUACUCAGCAGUCGCCUAGUGAGCCUGCCCUUAAUGCUCCUGGACCAGCCGUGCGGGAAAGGCUUUGCCGUGGCCUGGGGCAGAGAAGGAGCAUGGAGACACAGCGAGGCUGGGAAGCUGAGAGCCUCCACUUGGUGGUCGCAGACAGCCUCUCCCCUCUCUGUCUGUCCUGGUCCUCCCUCCGAGUCAGUGUUCUGCCUUGUGGGACUGGCUCUGAGAAGGCUGGCCCUACCCCACUCUGCCUCACUCCUGCCCAAGUGGGAGUGGGGGCUGGGCCACCUCAAGGACCUGCUCCCAGGGGGUUGCCCAAGGCUCAGUCAGGCCCAUUUUUUACUGGUUUAUAUUAUGGUUCUAAUUUUUAAAAGUAACGCUAACUUUAUAUGGAUGAUGUCUCGAAUGUAUUAAAUGAUA